AGAACUUAGAGAAGUAUAUAUAUUAAAAGAGCAUUCCGAACCCCAUCUUUAUUGAAGAAGAUUAAUAUUAAUUACGAAGAGAGUAAGAUGGACGGGCAACCAGAGCUGUUCGCAGAGAACUCAUGGAGGGAGGAGAUGACAGGAGAAAAGGGCAUUCUUAUUUAUCCAAGGGAGCUCGAAGUUGUCGGAGGUGACGAUGAUAGUUGUUGGCUCUGGCACUCCCUCAUUCUUGAAAGCCAAGGGCAACUGGGAGUCGAAGUGCCGAAACUUAUGGGAACAAAACACGUGGAGGUCCAUGGGAGGUGGAAAAUAUCGGAGCUCACCCCUGGCCUCAAAUAUCAAGUGCUCUAUAUGUUAAUGGUGGAGGAUCCUCUUGAGGGUUGGGACAACUGCCCGUUGAAGCUCAGGGUUACACUGCCUGAUGGGAGUAGCCAAACACAGCAAGUAGACCUGUGCAAGUUGCCCAAAGGACAGCUCAUCAUGACCGUCGCUGGUUACUUCGACUCCGUCGGCGAUGGCGAGGUUAUCUUCUCUGUGAUUGAGACUUCCGACGUCGUCAAGAAGGGGCUCGUCAUCAAGGAUGCCGUCAUUCGUCCACUUCCACCAAUGUCACUUCUGCUGAUGAACCAAAAAUGAAUUUUCCGCUAACUGCAUCCAUGCAGAAGAUUACAUAAUCAUGUUACUCAAUAAAAUGGAACGCCUAGCUGUUUCUUCAUUUUCUUAUACUUUUCUUUGGAAUGUCUGAAUAAUAUGAUUCUUGAUGGAUGAAUAUUUUGUUGGAAAUUGAGGUUAAAUCUGGAAUUAAACAGUAAAGGAUGAUGUACUGAAUUUUAAA